AUGUCUGCACGUGGUCCUUUUUUGUUUCUUGUUGCAAGAGCUAUCGGCGCCCUUGGCAGCCCUGUCGCCAUACGCGAUGUCGCACCUGCUGCUGCUACGGUAUCUGCGGACUCUCCUGCAGGCGUUGCUCUUUUCCCCCAGGAGGCAGUUCAAUUGACCGACAAGGUACUAAAGACGGCAGAGAGUCAAACCAGCGACGUUGAUGUGAAUGCACUCUUUGGAUUCGAUAGCGGCAAUGGGACAACGGCUAUUUCAAAGCGUGCACUCAGCAGUGGUCAAUGUAAAGCCUUUCCAGGCGAUUCAAACUACCCGAAAGAGUGGGUAUGGUCUAUGGUCGACCUCUUACUCGGAGGAGCACUCAUCAAGACCACUCCUAUCGCCGCGCCUUGCUACAAGAAAUCAGACUGGGAUAACUACGACGAGAUUAAAUGCGCAGACAUAUCAGCCAGAUUUACUGCAGCCGAUCUCCACACGAGUGAUCCAACCUCCAUGAUGUGGCCUCUCUUCCAGGGUCGUACAUGUAUGCCAACCGACAAUCCCAGUGGUACCUGCACACUAGGUGGCUAUGCCUCUUACUCCAUUGAUGUCGAGAACGUUGCCCAGGUGCAACUUGGCGUCAAUUUUGCUCGCAACAUGAAUCUGAGGUUGACUGUUAAGAACACUGGCCAUGACUAUAUCGGAAAGUCAUCUGGUGCUGGUGCUCUUAGCAUAUGGACACACAAUCUUAAAGACAUCCAGUUCAUCAAGAACUACAAAUCCACAAAGUACUACGGCCCAGCUUUCAAGGCUGGUGCCGGAGUCCAAGGGUUCGAAAUCUUGGAAGCUGCUCGUGACCAUGAUGUAACUGUUCUGGCUGGUAUCUGUGAGACAGUUGGAUGGAGUGGCGGCUAUGUCGCCGGAGGUGGCCACUCACCUCUCGCGUCUAUAUACGGUAUGGCUGCUGAUCAAGUUCUCGCCUAUGAAGUUGUAACCGCUGAUGGACGCUUCGUGACUGCCUCUGAAUCUGUUAACUCUGAUCUCUUCUGGGCCCUUCGCGGCGGAGGAGGUGGGACCUUUGGUAUUGUUACGUCUGUCAUCGCUAAAGCCCACCCCAGAAUCCAGGUUACCAAGUCCGUCUUUUCAUACCAGGCUCCGGUCAACGAUUCCGCAAACUUCUGGAAGGGCGUCAACGCUUACAUGAAGCGCUUCCCUGAGUUUACUAACGCCGGUACCUAUUCGUACUUCUGGAUCUGGAAUUACGGUACCUCACUCGAUUUCCAGAUGACACCCUUCUUUGCGCCAAACCAUACCAUUGAGUCCUUCAAUGCGCUGACUAAAGACUAUUUCGAUGACCUCAGGUCGUUCAAUCUCUCGGUAACCCCAAACACUACUUACUAUGAGGACUUUUACUCUGCCAACAAAGGAUCAUGGGGCGCAGAUAUUCUUGGUGUGACCAACAUUCGUCAAGCUACCCGCCUUUUCCCAAAGAGUCUUUGGGAAACCGAAGCGAAGUUCAAUUCUUUUUACACCACGAUCAAGGACACAGUGAUGAAGGGCCACACUGUCGGUGGCUACCAUAUGGCCCCAGGAAAUCCCUCCAACGUCGACAAUGCUGUCAAUGAGGCGUGGCGUGACACCCAAUCUUUCCUCAUCACUGCCAUUCUGGUUCCCGAAGAUGCCACGGCAGCUCAGUUUGCGGAAGCUUCCGACUACCUUACCUACGACAUCAUGGACUCUUGGCGUGCGGUUGCUCCAGCUUCCGAGGGUGGCGGUGUGUACCUCAAUGAGGCGGAUAUUCAAGAGCCAAACUGGCAAACUGACUUCUACGGCGCGAACCACUACCCUAAGCUCCUCGAGGUUAAGAAGAAGUGGGAUCCAAAGGGUGUCUUCUAUGCUACCACAGCUGUUGGCAGUGAGAAUUGGGUUGUCAAAGAUGGCGAUCAGGGCGCUCAAACUCAAAACGAUCAGGGCAUGCCGACCAGUAAUGAAGACAGGCUGCUUUUCGAGCUUGAAAACGGGCUGGUGACGGACAGUUGCGAUGUUGUGCGGCGUAAGAUACGCACCUUGAUUGAUAACGGUGAGAUGAAAGUAGGCGAGUUCCAGAAAGAGGUCAAUAUCACUCCCAAUGCAUAUUCGCGUUUCAUGAGCCAGCAUGGGAAGGACAAGGGAUCCGAAUUUUCCGUAUAUCUGGCAGCGUGGGCAUUCUUCAAGACGCGCGAGAUCCAAGGCAUCAAAACAACCCCGAACAAGAAGGCGAAGAGUAGCCAAGGACCCGCAGAAAAGGAGAAGCGUACCCAGCGGCAAGUUGUAACUGCAUUCCUUCGCGCAGCCUCCACGUCCUUCCACAAUCCGCCCAAGACCCUCAACGCCCGCCAACUAUCUGCUUUCCGCAGCAAGAAGGGAGCAUUGAACGGCAAUACGUCUGGUGUGUUUUACGGUGCUUAUGUCUACUUUGAGAAACUGCGCAUCAAAGAAGGCAAGCCCAAGAGCAAGAAGAGGCAAGAAAUGGAAGAGAUACAUGCCAAAGAUGGCGGUUUGGAUACGAAGCGCAUGCAGGACAGGCUCCUGACAUUGGCGGGUGAUCAUUGGCACCAUGACGCUUACGGGAGGACCAUUCUCAACGGAGAGGUUCUGCUUUGA